GAAGAUUAGGGUUUGCGCUUUUGGAGCGCGCCACCUCCUCUCUUUCGUUUCCUCUAUAAAUAUCUUGGUAGUCUCCUUCUACGGGGUAAGCGGGUGGGUGAAGGCGGCAACGAGGAGAAGGGGACUUAUCGACCGACGACCAUGUACGGAUCUAGGGGGGCAAUGAUGGGAAGCGGGGGGGUUUCGGACGGGUACGAGGGAACAAAGAGGCCACGAAUGAUCGAAUCAAAUCCCUACUUCGCAGUGAGUGGCGGGGGUGCUUCAGAUGGCUACGAUGCUGGUUCGAAGAGGCCACGGACAAUGGAGCCAAACCCUUACUUUUCAGGAAUCAGUGCGAGCAGCUUCUACCAGCCCUUCAGCAGCAGCUUCGGUGCUGGAAGCAGUGGCAUCUACAACUUCCCCGUGGUUCGUUUGAGGGGCCUGCCCUUCAACUGUGACGACCUUGAUGUCUACAAGUUCUUUGCUGGGCUGGACAUUGUGGACUGCCUUCUGGUGAACAAGAAUGGGCGCUUUUCAGGUGAGGCCUUUGUUGUUUUUCCAUCACCGAUGCAAGCCGAGUUUGCACUCCAGAGGGACAGGCAGAACAUGGGGCGCAGGUACAUUGAGGUCUUUCGGUGCAAGAAACAGGACUAUUACAAUGCGAUUGCUUCUGAGGUGAACUAUGGGGGGUCUUUUGACAACGAAUACCGUCAGAGCUCCCCUCCAGCCCGGCCAAAGAGAUCCUUUGAAGAUAAAGAUCAGAUGGAGUACACAGAGGUCCUCAAGCUUCGGGGGCUUCCCUACUCUGCAACCCAGGCUGACCUUGUGGAAUUUUUUGCCGAGUUUGAAUUGACUGAAGAUAAGGUGCAUAUUGCAUGCCGCCCAGAUGGGAAGGCUACUGGUGAGGCGUACGUUGAGUUCCCAUCGGCAGAAGUGGCGAAGAAGGCGAUGUGCAAGGACAAGAUGACAAUUGGGUCAAGGUACGUGGAGCUGUUUCCAUCAACCCCUGAUGAGGCAAGGAGAGCCAAAUCUAGAUUCAGGCAAUGAUUCAGUAGCAGAUGUUUUGUUGCUGGAGGUUGAAUAGUAUGGGAGUUCGAGCUAAAUUUUCUGCUGGAGUACUUUUCUUCUAGAGGUUGAUUAGCUAGCCAUCAUUUAUCUACCCCGAUCAUUCCUGUCUUGUUGUUCCCUUUGGUCGGCAGAGAGCGAUAACUCUGUUUCUUUAUUUUAGAUGUGUCAUUAAAAUUCUGACAGCUUUACCCUAAAUUUGAUAAAUUAUCUCAAGAUUCAAAUGGUUCUUCUUUAA